GGGAACCGCCGACAGGCAAUCAAUAACAAGCUUCUUGCCGAGAAACCCUAGACCUCGUAAUGUCAUUCCUUGAGGAAUUUCAAGCCAGUAUUCCUCUUCUCUGACUCCAUUAUUUUUCUGCUUGCCUUUGAUUCUUUUAUUCUUCUCUUGGAUUUGGAUUCACUUCCUCAUAUUCUUCAAAAGAAGUACUCAUUGUUACGUGACCUUGACAAGAGUCUACAAGAUAUUCAAAAGCAAAAUGAACAGCAUUGUGAACAAGAAAUAGAAGAUAUAAGACGAGGUGUUAGGUCUGGGAACAUCACACCUGACACUUCACUUAUCAGAUUCUCUGAUGAAGCACUUGAUGAGCAAAAGCACAGCAUCAGGAUUGCUGACGAAAAAGUUGCCUUGGCAGUUCAGGCAUACGAUUUGGUACUCAAUGUGCAUCAUCCUUUUCUUUGAUAAUGAGAUCAUAAGGAGUUCAGUUGUUAUUUUCAUUUUUGGCCGAAAUGUAGAUACACACAUACAACAGCUUGAUCAAUAUCUGAAGAAGUUUGAUGAAGAGUUUAGGCGUGAAAGAGAGAAUGCUGCAACAACUGGAGUGCCUGCUUCAGGUCAAGAUGGUAACACAAAAUCUGGAAGGGGUAGUGAAAGUGGUAGAGGAGGGCGCAAAAAGACACGGCAAGCAUCAGUUACAGCAGCAGCAGCAGCAGAAGCCCAAACCACAACUGCAAACCCAGCUGGCAUGGAUUUAGAUUUACCUGUGGAUCCAAAUGAGCCCACUUACUGCUUUUGUAACCAAGUUAGCUAUGGCGAGAUGGUUGCAUGCGAUAAUCCUAACUGCAAAAUAGAAUGGUUCCAUUUUGGUUGUGUUGGUCUUAAAGAACAACCUAAGGGAAAAUGGUACUGUUCAGAUUGCGCGGCAACAAGAGGUCGCCGUAAAGGAAAAUGAGGAUGUGUACAAGUUCAAAUGACAGUGUAUAUAUGCUUAGAAUCUUCAGGUAGGAAAUUAUUUUGACUUACAUGCGAUGGCCUUGGAGCUCUGUUUCCGUAGCCUAGAUUGUUUAGGAAGGUUUGGAGUUAACACGUUUUACUUAAAGUAGCCGUUAUAUAAGAUCUGCCUUGUAGCUCUUCAGAUUCAUCCAAUGUGUUUCUUCUUUGGAGUUAACGACUGGCUUAAGCUGUUUAUGACACGAAAUGGGCAAGGGAAGAUCCAUUGUUAGAAUAGUGAA